AGGUGGAGAAGAAUUUUUUGCAAGGGAAGUCCUGAUAGAAGCCCACCCUCGCUUGCUUUGGGGCUGUAGGGCUUGAGACAUGACCGUACGGAGAAGAGAAGUCUGUCUCCUCAAUACUCGAGUUUGCUUGCUGCUGGCAAUGUACCUGUGGCACUGGGUACCACAGACUCUGGCAACAUCAUGCCCUAGUGGUGAGCUGAGAACAGUUGCUAAGGAUGUAAAGAAAUGCUGCCCCAAAUGCCUCUCCAGCUCAGGGGACAACAGCCCAUGUAAAGAAACAGAGGAUAUAGACUGCAAGUGUCCUCAAGGAUUCAGUUGUGCUGAUAGGUCCUGUACCUCCUGCAAGAAAACUGAAUGUCCAGAGGGCAAGGAGCUGGUUAAGCUGGGCAUUAUUCAAUAUACAUAUUCAUGUAAACCGUGUGAGAAUGGAACCUAUUCUAAUGGUAAGAACAGCUGGUGCCAAAGCUGGACUGAUUGUGAAAGUUCUGGCCUUCUAACCAUCAAGCAAGGCAACAGCACACACAAUUCAUUGUGUGGCUACCUGGUUAAAUAUUUGGACCAAGACAACAUUACACAUGAUUCUCUGUACACCACUAUCCUGGCCAUCCUUACAGCAGUGGGUCUAUUUGUUCUCAUCUUGCUGACCUUCUUCUUGCACCUCUGCAUAUGGUCGCUGAAGAAAGAAAAACACCCCGCAGUUGACAGUGUGGAACAUACCUUCCCUAGGCUGCCGUUGGCUCCACAACCAUCCCACCACAGAGAGGAGACUUACAGCUGCCAGUUUCCAGAAGAAGAACAUGGAGACAAAAUACUGGAAGAGAAACCUUACUACUUCCAACCUCCGAGUCUGCACUGAGAACAGAUAAACUGCAACGUGAGAAUGAACUCAGCUGUAAAACAAACAGAAGGAAGGGACUGGGUGCAUAAGCAUCAUUAUAUACAUAGAAAUAAGGAGUGGGUUUGGGGGAAGUUUCCCUAGAGUCCUAGAAUGGCUUGGUUGGAAGGGACCUGAGAGAUCAUCUAGUCCAUCUCUCCUGCAAUGGGCAGGGUUGCCAACCACUAAAUCAGGCAGUCGGUCAGGCUGCCCAGGACCCCAUCCAACCUAGCCUGGAACACCUCUUAGAGAUGGGGCCUUCCGUGCUGCAAGCACACACUGCUGAUUCACGUCCAGCUUUUCAUCCACUAGAGCCCUCAAGUCCUUCUCCACAGAGGGCUGUUCUCAUCAAGUUCUUCUCUCGGUCUGUGCACGUAUCUGGGAUUGCCCCUACCCAAGUGCAACACUGCACUUGGCCUUGUUGAACUUCAUUAAGUUCUCGUGGGCUCAGUUGUCAAACCUGUCCAGGUCCCUCUGGAUGGCAUUCUUUCCUUCUGCUGUAUCAACUGCACCACUCAGCUUGGUGUUGUCUGCAAACUUGCUGAGGGUGAGCUCAAUCCCACUGUCUAUGUCACUGAUAAAGAUGUUGAAGAGCGCUGGUCCCAGAAUAGACCCCUGGGGGACACCACUCACUGCCAGCCUCCACUUGGACAUAAAGCCACUGACCACAGCCCUCUGGCUGCGACCAUCCAACCAAUUCCUUAUCCCUUGUAUAGUCUACCCUUCAGAUCUGUCUCUCUCCAAUUUAGAGAUAAGGAUGCGGUGUGGGACCGUGUUUUGCUUUGAUUCUUAACAAGCCUAGCAUUUAGAAACAAAUAACCUGCUAAGUCAGGCUGACAUUCUGUUCAGCUGCAUUGCUUUGUACAGGCCAUUAAUUUUAAUCCAUAGACCGCUCUCCAGUUGCAACAGAAGUAACAUCUAUCCCUGUUCUCCCCUAUAGCUCAGCAACCCUUGGUACCUGGAAUAAUGAAUUAAAUAAAAGAGGUUUCUGAAAGACUCCAGUGAGAAUCAUGUUGUUUAGAGGAAGACAAGACUUAAUACACUCUGGAGAAAGCUGCUUGGAGCAGGCUUGUGACUAAACCAAUUCUGGACAAAAAGGAGUUUGAGCCAGCCUUCAUGUAAAAGUUCCUAUAUAUCUCAUAUUGCACCCCUUGCAAGGUAUUGUCUUGAUGUGGGUUGCACGAUCUCUUGAAGAGAGGGUCCUGAAAAGUGGAAUAUUUCCUAUCUAACCUAGUCAUGUAGCUCUGUGCUCCAAGGCUGUUUAUUUCCAGUUGGCCUUUCUUGAAGCCUUCUUCAAAGGAGGAGCUUCUUGGCAAGCUUGAAUAGACCUAAAGGAUUAAUUUCAUGAUUUAUGGACGUUUUUUGUUGCUGAACAUUUGCUCAGCGAUUAUAUCAAGAGGAGUUAUCUUGUUGCUGUUGCUUUUUGUUGUUGUUGUGCGCUAUGAAAUCUUACAACUGGGUGAAACAGUUGUAUGGGGAAAUGAAAUGCAAAGGGUUAUCCUUAUCCACUGUAAUAUAUUCCUUCCCAGCUCCAGUUUUAAUCUCCUGGCUUCCCUGUUACUGCAUGUAGGACUGCUGAUGUCCUUAUACCUUAGCUUUCCUAUUAUAUAAAAUGGAAAGGGUGAUAGUUCUCAACCUCAAAAGCAUAUUGUGAAACCUUAUUAGUACUUUCAAUGUAUUUUUACCUUCUUUGAUCCUUCUGCUGUUAAUUUGUGCAUUGCUGAUAAUUUUUCCCAUAGGUAUUGCCGUGUAAAAUUCAUUUCAAAAGCAUUUUCUUCCAUUGCAUUGAGAAUUAUGCAGAUAUUUAACCGAGGUGAACUGGAGAUUCAUCCAAGGAAAGGUGCCAAGCAUUGGACUGGAUGAAACAGGACUUAGUUUGACGUGUGAGUUUUACACUUAGUUUGAAGUGUAAGAUUGGCUCUGCCUUAUAAGCAGAUGCACAAUGGGAUUUAAUAUACUCAGAAGUCUGAACUCCUGCUGGUCAAGGCUCUUCUUACUGCCCCUGUGCUGGCCGUGUUUACUCCCUGCUCUGUAUGGACCCUUCAUUUUUUAAUAUAGUGUGUUUUUUCAAUUAGAUCUUGGGUUGUGACCCUUUGUAAAGGUAAAAUAAACUCGACAGUUGAA